UCCACCGCUCUUUGUGUUCUUCCAACAACCCCGGGGUGUUCUCCAAAUUUCCCUUUCCACGUUGUGCGAUUCAAACACGCUGCCAUCGUCGAGAGUCCGCAAAAAACACGAAGAGGAGGUUUCCGAGGAGAUUUGCACUUGUAGGAUUUUAUUGAAAGAGGAACUCAUCUUUGCCGUGGAGGAUCAAUUUUCCCGGGCGAUUGCGGGGAGUUCAAAGUAGUGAACCGGGAGUGGUUUUGAAGAACGAUUUCUUAUCGGAGUGAUCAUGAGCAAAUCGUGGAAAGGCAUGAAGGAAUUCGUUGGCCUGGAGGAGAUUACCAAGCUCGACUUCCUCGUGAUGUUGUUCGCCGAGAUCCUGGGCACGUUUCUGCUGGUCCUCCUAGGUUGCGCUUCCUGCAUCUCGUGGGAUAUGACGCCGCCGAGUGUUUUGCACAUCGCAUUCACUUUCGGUUUGGCGGUGGCAAGUUUAGCACAGGUUCUAGGUCCGAUUUCCGGCUGUCAUGUAAACCCGGCUGUGUCGUUGGGUCUUUUGGUCAGUGGAAAUUGCAGUUUUCUCAAAACCAUCUGUUAUGCGGUCUGUCAGUGUUGCGGUGCUAUAGCAGGAGCUGUUGUUCUUAAACUGCUUUUACCUAAACCGCAAGUCGCCCUUGGCCUCGGCGCCACCACGUUGCACUCUGAAGUAACUGACGCUCAGGGUGUAGCAGUGGAAAUAAUCAUUACGUUUCUGCUGGUGCUGGUUGUGCACGCUGUUACGGAUCCCAAGAGGACCGACGUGAAAGGUUGGGCCCCACUCGCGAUUGGCUUGACAAUUUCGGUAGCUCAUAUGGCGGCGGUGCGCAUCACCGGCAGCAGUAUGAAUCCUGCUAGGAGUUUGGGUCCAGCCGUGGUGGACGAUAAGUAUAAACAUUUGUGGGUCUACUGGGUGGGCCCACUCAUCGGUGGCGCUGUGGCCGGUGGCGUGUACAGGAUGGGCCUGAAAGCCAGCAGAGAGGACGACGAGGGUUCGUAUGACUUUUAAAAGCGACCUCUGAAUCUUACGGAUACGCGAGAUGGGCUCCAACAAUAAUAUCCUGUGAAGACCGGAGGUUCGCCGAGUGUAAAUAAACAAAAUUGUGAGAAUAAUAACGUGAAGGCCGUGAAACCGGCGAAACGAUUACGUGAUUUUUGUUCGUUGCAUUUAACAAGAUUAUGUUUGCGAAGAAAUACGAUUUAUAGAAUUUCUUUUUAUUUCUA